GUAUUCUUGCAGCGGAACUCGUAAUAAUGACAUCAAUUCGACAAGUGAUAGUUUUUUUCGCUCUCCUUGGAUUUGCUCAAUUAGAUAAUGACUUAAACUUAGAUCCUCUAAUUUUGGGAGAUGAUUUAUCGGAUAUAUUAGAAUUAUCCGAUGGAGAAUCGGGGGAAGUUCCUGACAAUUGUACCGAUGUUCAGUGCCAAUACGGAGGAACUUGCUAUCCGUCUGAAAGUGGACAUAUUUGUAAAUGCGUAACAGGCUUCCAAGGUUCAGAUUGCUCUAAAAUGCUUGUUCCCGAUUUCUAUCCUUACGGAACUGCUGCAAGUGAUCUAACUUUCCAAGGGGAAGAUGAUGAUGCAACCAAAAGAGUAUGGGCAGAAAGAGGAUUUAUGCUUAAUUGUCAAAUCUAUAGAAGGCUAUUUGUUGGAUCAAAUGGAAUAUUAACAUUCAACAAACGUUACGUAACUCCGUAUCCUCAAGCCUUUCCUCUAUCUAAUAAAUCUAAAUUAGCUAUUAUAGCACCUUUCUGGGCUGAUACCGAGAGCAAUCCAUCCAUUAGGAAUAGCAGUCUCAUAUACUAUCAUAUUUAUCAUCAAGAUGAUCCUUUGUACGGAGCGUCGGAUGACACUACGACAGCAGUUAUCAAUAUGGUAAAAAAGGAUAUUCAAACUACUGUAGUCGAUCAGGGAGAUUUUCAACCGUCUCACGUAGCUGUUAUUACGUGGUACAAAAUGGUUCCAUGGCCCUUUUCGGAUUACUACCCUAAAGGAUCUUUUAAUACGUUCCAAGCCGUUUUAGCUACCGACACAAAAACGUAUCGAACUUAUUUAAUUAUAGCUUGGGGAAACAAUACUUGGGAUUCCAAUACUAAAAGAUCAUUUUCUAUUGGAUAUCAGGCGCCACCUGUAGAUGAUACUCAAUACGGAUUUUUUAAUCAUUGGGCGUCCGAACCAGGAAAUGAGCAAGCCUUUAAUCUUAAGAAUAUUUUUGGCAAUACAAACCUACCAGGAAAAUAUAUUAGAAGAGUUAGUAGUCCGGAUUGUGAAAGGACAUACGCGGAAUACGAGUGUAGGAAAUGGAGAGCUCGUUCAAGUCAAUUUAAAACUGAUUUAGACUUAGCUGAUUCGAUAUUAAGCCACUGCCCUUGUUCAAGGAUUCAAGCCAUCCUUGAUUUUCGAUUUAUUCGCGAUCCAGAUACUUCUAACUUGAAUGAAAAUGUUGAAUGCUACUUUACCGUAUUACCAGCCUUUUUCUCUGGCUCUAAAGUUAAUGGUGCUAAAAUAACUACUUCGCCUAUUAGACAUUGCUGCUAUAACUUGAAUAAACAAUGGAAUUCUAAUCUUCUUUCUGGAAGAAAUUACCUCAGCGGUUCUCUUUGGGCUUUUCAUCCCUAUGUUAGUACUAAUCUACACGAAGAAUGGGAUUUAUCAUCAAAAAGAUCGUGUUGUUUGGACGAGGAUCUAUGUAAAAUCUAUUACAAAAUUAGAAAGAAAAGCACUUGUAGACGGUACAGAUUUCCAUUCUGGAAUUGGAAUGUUGGAGACCCUCAUAUUAAAACAAUAGACGGUAAAUCGUUCGUAUUUAACGGUCUCGGAGAGUAUUGGAUGAUAAAGAAUGACAAUUUUAAAAUUCAAGUAAGAACCCUUAAAGCUUGGAAUAAUGAAAAGAAAGAAGUAGACGCUACAAUAUUUGGUGCCGUGGCUGUUCAAUACAAAGAUACUUCAAGAGUGACGGUUGUUCUAAAUGAGGAUAGACAAGAUAUAACAAUCUUUAUGAAUGAUGAUAGUGAAUUGGGUGCUAAUUCUUGGUGGAAUAACGCUGCUUUGACCGGAAUGUAUACUUAUCUUGGUGUUACUUUAUCAAAAGGAGCUGAUAAUUCUUUAAUAAUUGCUCUAAUGAAUGGAGCAUCCCUAUCGGUUAGGGUAAAAGCCUCUCAGUUAGAAUUUCAGACCUCUUUACCCGACACUCUAUUAAGUGAGAAUCUAAGUGGUCUCAUUGGAACUUUUGAUGGUAAUUCUAACAACGAAUUUACCUUACCAAACGGAACUGUUUUAGCUGAUAAUCUUGCGGAAAGAGAAGCUUUUGAAUACGGUAAAAGCUGGUCUGUACUCUCUUCCGAUUCAAUUCUGUACUACAACAAGAGUAAUAAUGAAGAUCAUUUGCUCUUCAAUAAAGAUAAAGAAACGUUUAUACCAGUUUUCUUUGAUGAAGUUUACAAAACAUUGUCUACAAAGGUAAAAGACGAAUUGACAGCUCAAUGCGGUGACAAUUAUCAAUGUCAAGUUGAUUACUAUCUAACAAACAACAUAGUGCUCGCCAACAAUACUAAAAAUUAUGUCAAAGAUUUAGUAAAAGACUCAAAUAGUCAAGCUAAUUCUCUUCCAGUUUUCGAUGACGAUGACGAUUCAAUUGAAUGGAAAGUUAUGGUUAACAACUCGUAUUAUUUGAAGAUAAACGCUUCGGAUAGGGAUAAUGACACUAUUACAUAUUUCAGUAGUGAACUACCCGAUGGGGCUAUUUUGAACAAAUCAACUGGUGAGAUAUUUUGGUCAGUUGUAAGUGACCAAUUUGACGGUGAUUUAAGGAUUACCGCUCAAGAUUCUAAAGGAGCUAAUUCUACUGAAUUGAUAAUUAAUAUUCAAUUAUGUAACUGUUCAAAUCAUGGCGAUUGCGAUUGGGACCGGGCUUUACCAGGUUUUAAUGCUUCGAGUUCGUUCUAUCAAACAUUCUGUAGAUGCGAUAGAGAGUAUGAGGGGGAUCACUGCGAAUUAGAUUACGACGGUUGUCAAGACGAUCCCUGUAUGUUAGUUAAAGGACAAACUUGCACUGAUCUACCAGCAGAUAUACAUAAAAUUAAUAAGAAAGGCUUCAACUGCAGUGAUUGUCCGCAAGGUUUUCAAGUACUCAUGAAAAAUACUGCAAAUGAAAAAGAAGGGAAAUGCGUCGACGUUGAUGAAUGCGCAAAUGAUACAUUAAAUACUUGUCAAUUUAAGGAUCAGUGUGUCAACUUGGACGGAUCAUUUGAGUGUAAUUGUCCUCAAUACUAUACUAAAAAUGCUUCAAAUUUAUGCGAAGACUUAGAUGAGUGUCAAUUGAAAAAGGAUAAAUGCCAGCAAAUUUGCGUUAAUCAAUCUCCUGGUUACAACUGUACUUGUGGGGCAAACUACACUCUAGAUGGCCAAUAUAACUGUUCAAUUCCAUUUUCUGCAGACAGCGAUACAUGCAAUGCUUUAAAUUGCGAUCAUUUCUGCAAUUUUACAAAUAGCCCUACAGUAUGCGCCUGUAGAAAUGGAUACAAACUAAACGCUAACGGAAAAACUUGUGAUGAUAUUAAUGAAUGUGAUGAAAAUUUACAUAAAUGCCAUUCAAAUGCUUCAUGCCAUAACACAAAUGACGGCUACAAUUGUAAAUGUAACGCUGGUUUUUCGUUAGGUAAAGAUGGAAUAACAUGUGAAACUUGCCCAAUUGGUACUUGGGGCGAGAAUUGCGCUUUUAUUUGUAGAUGUAAAAAUGCCCAGGAUUGCAACGUAGUUACUGGUUGUUCUGAUUGUCCUCCUGGCUAUACUGGUGGUUCUUGCGAUCAAGAUAUUGACGAGUGCGCCAACAAUAAAUUCAUAUGUGGCAAUGGAAAUUGUAACAACUUAAACGGAACUUACGAAUGUAUCUGUAACCCUGGCUACCAUUUUGCUUACGGAAAUUGUUCAAAAACAGACGAAUGUUUAGAAUAUGAAAAGAAACAAAAUAAAGUACCUUGCGAAAACGGUGGUCAUUGCAUAGACAAAUUAGACGACUUUGAAUGUAAUUGUACAGAAGGUUUUGAGGGAAAAAGAUGCGAAAAUGACAUAAACGUUUGUUUAACGAACAAACCUUGUCAAAACAACGGAAAUUGUACCGAUUUGGAGGGUUUAAAGUAUUCUUGUUCCUGUGCUAAAGGAUUUACUGGAGUUAAUUGCCAAUUCGAUAAUAUUAUCUACAGCAUUGACGGAACUCUAGGAGUAUUAAACUGGAAUUAUGAUCCAGAUUUAAAUGUGGUUGGUUCAUCCUUGUACAAAAAUCUUACUACAGAAGCCUAUAGAUCGCUUACGAAAUUCUUUGAAAAUUCUAUGGUACGGCAAAAUUUUAGAGGUGUCGAUUCAUUCCAAUUUAUUAAGGAUGGAGACUCGAUAAUUGUGAAAUAUAAACUUAAACUUAAUAAUGACUUGUCUGGAGAUAAGGCGCAAAAAGUUCGGGAUGAACUAGUUGCUUCCAUGGAACCUGGAAGAAAUGGCUCUAAAUAUUUGGGACUAUUACAGAUAGACCCAUUUUCGGUUUCCUUAUCAAAUUCUGGUUAUCAACAACCAACAACUAUACCACCAACAACGGAGCCUACCUCCAAUGAUGAUUGGAAGAUUAUAUUAGGGUCUGUCAUGGGAGUUGUUGGUAUUAUCCUGUCAGUUAUAGGAGUAGCACUAUGCUGCUACUAUUGCGGAUGUUUGGCCGCAUCGAGAGAUGACGAUUCAUCCGAAACAGACAGUUACAGACACUUUACUCAAGCACCAAUGACUAGGAAGAGACACUGGCAAGACGCACCGACUAUCAGUAGUAUUAGCAGCCGAGCAUCUCAGUCACAAAUGUCAACUUCUCAGGACGACACCGAUCCUGAUAAAUUUGUUAAUUGGAGCAUACUAAAGGGAUUCUCAAAGAGAAAUCCACCUUUACAUAGACAAAACAAACCCAAUACUUGGGUUUGGCUACCAGAGAGUGAUACCAGUUAA